AUGGCUGCUGCAGUAACAGCCGCAGUCUCCUUGCCAUACUCCAACUCCACUUCUCUUCCGAUCAGGACAUCUAUUGUUUCACCUGAGAGACUUGUCUUCAAAAAGGUUUCAUUGAACAAUGUUUCUAUAAGUGGAAGGGUAGGUACCAUCAGAGCUCAGGUUACUACUGAGGCACCUGCUAAGGUAGUAAAGCAUUCCAAGAAACAAGAUGAAGGUAUUGUUGUGAACAAGUUCAAACCUAAGGAACCAUACGUUGGGCGGUGUCUUCUCAACACAAAGAUCACUGGUGAUGAUGCACCUGGUGAAACUUGGCACAUGGUUUUCAGCACUGAGGGAGAGGUUCCUUACAGAGAAGGACAAUCUAUUGGGAUAGUUCCGGACGGUAUUGACAAGAAUGGCAAGCCUCACAAGCUGAGAUUGUAUUCAAUUGCUAGCAGUGCCAUUGGUGAUUUUGGAGACUCCAAAACUGUUUCUCUAUGUGUGAAACGUCUUGUGUACACAAAUGAUGCCGGAGAAGUUGUUAAGGGAGUUUGCUCAAAUUUCUUGUGCGAUUUGAAGCCGGGAUCAGAAGUAAAGAUUACUGGACCAGUUGGUAAAGAAAUGCUUAUGCCAAAAGAUCCAAAUGCCACUGUCAUCAUGUUGGGAACUGGAACUGGAAUCGCCCCAUUUCGCUCAUUUUUAUGGAAAAUGUUCUUUGAGAAGCAUGAAGAUUACAAGUUCAAUGGUUUGGCAUGGCUCUUCCUAGGUGUCCCUACAAGCAGCUCACUGCUUUAUAAAGAGGAAUUUGAAAAGAUGAAGGAGAAAGCACCUGAGAACUUCAGGCUUGACUUUGCAGUGAGCAGAGAACAAGUAAACGAUAAAGGAGAGAAAAUGUACAUCCAAACCAGAAUGGCUCAAUACGCAGAAGAGUUGUGGGAAUUACUGAAGAAAGACAACACUUUUGUCUACAUGUGUGGACUGAAAGGAAUGGAAAAGGGAAUUGAUGACAUAAUGGUGUCACUCGCUGCCAAAGACGGCAUCGAUUGGACCGAGUACAAGAGAACGUUGAAGAAGGCCGAGCAAUGGAAUGUUGAAGUCUAUUAA